ACGGAACGCACCUCUAGUAAGCAGCCGCUUCUGCUGAACGUGACUUUACUUUUAACGAAAAAUCGAGGCUGUAGCACGAAUCAACGAUGAAUAAUACGGAUUUUUUAAAAAAUAUAUCAUACAGCUUGACAAUACGUCAGCCUAAUUUAAUUUUUAAGAAUUGAUUUAAAGACGAUUCAGUGAUUGAAGUAGUUACGUUGAAUUGAUUUCCCGUACGCAACAUCUAGCGUAAAAAUACAAGAAAUGAGUGUUACAUUGCACACAGAUGUCGGCGACAUUAAAAUAGAGUUAUUUUGCGAAAUGUGCCCGAAAACUUGCGAGAACUUUCUUGCACUCUGUGCUAGUGGAUAUUACAACAAUUGCAUGUUUCAUCGAAACAUAAAAGGCUUUAUUGUUCAAACUGGAGAUCCUACUCAAACAGGAAAAGGAGGAACUUCUAUAUGGAAUCGUAAAUUUGAAGAUGAAUUUAAGGAAGAAUUGAAGCAUAACGCCAGAGGUCUUGUUUCUAUGGCUAACAAUGGUCCUAAUACAAAUGGCAGUCAAUUUUUUCUAACUUAUGCACCACAAUCACAUUUGGAUUUAAAAUAUACCUUAUUUGGAAAAGUGAUUGAUGGCUUGGAAACUUUAGAACAAUUAGAAAAAUUGCCGGUAAACCCUAAGAAUUACAAACCACUUGCAGAAAUUCGGAUAAAUAAUGUAACUAUACAUGCAAACCCAUUAGCAGGAUAAACUUAAAUAAUAUUUUUUAACAUUUAUUAUGAUAAUAUGACUUCAAAUUACAAAGAGUAUAAUGUUUAUAAGUACUUUACAUCACAUAUAUACCUUGUAAUCUCUUGUUAUCCUGAUCAAAGGGACUAUGAAGAUACAUCUUUGCAGGAUAUUUCUUCCUCAUUACUUCAAUCUGGAGCUUCGUGGGAUGUGCAGUUCGAAGCCAAGUUCACCGACAAAGCUGAGUCUAAAUAAGUGUACCAAUUCGCCGUCUAUACGCACCAGUUUCGAUGUUGAAAAUGGAAACGAUUCGUUGGAAAGAUCAUCCUCGACCAACAUUUGAAGAACUUGGCGGCUAUGGCAACGAAUGAAAUGUAUUUAAUGCUGAACAUAUACUUGUCCGGUCGUCCGUUAAUCAUCCACAAAGCUGCUUGCUCUCCGCAACCACCACCGAACAUCAUUCCGGCGCUGUUGUAUCCGCAGGAGUAAUAGAAGCCUGUGCAGCGUGGGUCUUCACCUUUCGGACAUUUCGAUUAUAUCUUAGUGACUUGGAUAAUGCGUUCACCAUCAUGGCAGGGUCUAUAGUACCAUCCGUUGGACAAUGCACUGCAGCCGCAAAUGCCUUGUCAUCCACGAGAGGAAACUUCUUCUUCGCCUCGGCCGGCUCAACCAUAUACGCGUUGAUGCCGAAACUUCUACAGCCAGUGACUAAUCUCUCAUACUCGGCCACUCGUUCCUGUCGAACCGUAGAGGAUAUUUGUAAAAUGUGCCCG